AUGGAGUUUCUGUUGGCCGUGUUAAGGGAUGUUAUGAGUGUGGCCGCCUCCUCCAGCGCCUCCAGUCCCAGGACUCUGUCCUGCCUGGCCACUGGUGCCCACCCUGGUAUCCAGGGCCUCUUUCUGAUGGAGGUGGCUGCCACUUUCCCCUUUGCUGGUUCAACCAGUAGCAAAGCUGAGCAGGUUGUAUUUAGACACAUUAUAGCAAAAAGUAGCUAUGAGGUCCUUGUAAAUACACCCUCUCAAGGUCAAAAGGUGUGCUACGGGGACCUCAAGCAUUCAUGUUAUAAGUUAGCUUAUUUCCAGGACUUGUCUAGACGUGUGGGCUUCCAGGAGGCCCGCCAAGCUUGUGAAAUUGAUGGUGGGGCUUUACUGAGCCUGGAAAGUGAAGCUGAGCAGCAACUAAUAGAAAACAUGUUGCAAAACCUCACUAAGUCAGCCUCUGGGAUUUCUGAUGGUGAUUUCUGGAUUGGGUUGUGGAGAAGUGGUGAUGGACUAACCACCUCAAGUGCUUGCCCUGACCUCUACCAGUGGGCUGAUGGAAGUAUUUCACCAUUCAGAAAUUGGUAUACAGAUGAGCCUUCCUGUGGAAGUGAAGCCUGUGUUGUGAUGUAUCAUCAGCCAACUGCAAACCCUGGUCUGGGAGGGCCAUACCUUUAUCAAUGGAACGAUGAUAGAUGCAACAUGAAGCACAAUUUUAUCUGCAAGUAUGGCCCAGCAGGAAAUCCUUAUGACACAGGCAAACCAGAAGAUCAGUAUCAUGUUACUGCUACUGAAACAGGUAUAAUUCCAAAUCUAAUUUAUGUCAUAAUACCCACUAUACCCCUACUGCUAUUGAUACUGGUGGCUUUUGGGACUUGCUGUUUCCAGAUGCUUCAUAAAAGUAAAGGAAGAACGAAAACCAGUCCAACCCAGUCCACACUAUGGAUUUCCAAGACGCCUAGGAAGGACAGUAGCAUGGAGGUAUAA